AUGAAGGCAAAAGUACAAAUACACGUUCCUGCUCUAAUACACCGAGUGCCGGUGGAGUCCAUAAUUUCAAGCGUCGAAAACUGCCUGAUGCGAAACAAGGUGCCCGGACCGGAAGCUGAAUGCCUUAGGCAGGACACAUCAGCUAUUUUACGCAAAUGCCAUAGUCCGAAUCAGAACAUGACAAGGCAGGAGGUCCAGGCAUUAACGUCUUUACGCAAAAAUCCGGAUAUCCUCGUAUUACCGGCUGACAAAGGCAACGCAACUGUUAUAGUAGAUACGGCGGAGUACGAACAGAAAGUUACACACUUGGACGUCAAAAUCCAAAACGACGAGAUAAUGGUGAGUUUCGACGUGGCGUCUCUAUUUACAAAUGUACCGGUAGCGGAAACUAUAAAUAUUAUAAGACAACGCCUUAUAUCACACAAUAUACCUACUGAUUACAUGAGUUUAAUAGAGUUCUGCCUUACGAGUGGCUAUUUCCGUUGGCGAGGGGAUUUUUACCUUCAGAUGGAUGGAGUGGCGAUGGGCUCGCCAAUAGCACCAGUUGCGGCUAAUAUAUUUAUGGAAUACUUCGAGGAGGAGGCGUUGAAGCAUGCACCUUUUAAACCCAGAUACUGGUGGAGAUACGUAGACGACGUGUUCGCUAUAGUUCCCAGACAAGCCGUCACUCAACUACUAAACCAUUUGAACGACGUACAUCCAAAAAUCCAUUUUACUACGGAGGAGGAAAAUGAAGGAACUCUCCCAUUUUUGGACGUACUAGUGAAGAGGGAACCUAGUGGUAAUCUAGUACACACCGUGUAUAGAAAGCCUACACACACGGAUCGGUACUUGAGGGCGGACUCUCAUCACCAUCCAUCUCAGCUAUCUUCAGUGCCGCGCACGCUUAUAAGUCGCGCAAUACGUUUAUGCGACACUCAAUUCCUGCAGGCUGAAUUGACGCACGUACGGCACGUAUUAGAGAGCAAUGGAUACAACUGGCGACAGAGUUACCGAAUAGCGAACACGACCAGCAAACCACGGCCUCAGGUUGCAGAGCGGGUCCCGGUCUAUUUACCAUUUAUGCGAGGGGUUACGGACAAAAUUGGACACCUGUUACGCCGUAGGUUCAGCAUCAGGACAAUUUUCCGCCCAAUGACACAGAUCAAACAACUUCUGCGAUCUCCAAAGGACCGGGAUCCCCUAGAUAGUCCUGGUGUCUACGAGAUCCCGUGCGACUGUGGUAAAAGUUACGUCGGCGAAACGGGGCGCAAUAUAAAGUCGAGACUCUCUGAGCAUAUCCGCAGUAUGCGUAAAUUAGACGGCAACACCUCGGCGGUUGCGGAUCACGCACUUAACUCCGGAACCUCGCAUUAUAUUAGGUUCGACAAAGUUAAAGUGCUGGCCCGUGAGAGGAACUUCGUGUCUCGGAAGCUUCGGGAGGCUAUUGAAAUAGGUCGUCGACCUAAUUUCAACAGAGACAAGGGGUGGGCUCUGCCGCGUACAUGGGAACCCGUCUUAAUGAACGCGGCGCGACACAACAUCAACAGUGCUGAAGACGAUAUUGUGGAUAUAAUCAGUACAUUUUGUGCCCCCGGAAACGCUAAUAACAACACCAACACUGCUUUGGUAUCAACCUCGUCAACGACGCCGGCGCACCCCGCGCCCCCCGCCCCCUCAAGACGCGCCCUAAGAGCGCAGGCGCGCAGACCAUAA